AUGGAUACGUGGCAUCGGCCUUGGUUCCUGGUUUGUGCCACAUUUCUCCUGGUUUCUGGCUUGCCGGCUCCAGAGAACCUUGUCAAAGAUAUAGAUGAGGGAAUUGAUCGAGACAUAUUCGAUAUCAAUGAAGGUUUGGGACUGGACCUUUUUGAGGGGGACAUCAGACUUGAGCCACAAGGGAAGAAUUCCAUCAUUGGAGACAUCUAUAGAUGGCCACAUACCAUUCCGUAUGUUCUAGAUGAUAGCUUGGAUAUGAACGCUAAAGGAGUUAUCCUCAAUGCCUUCGAGCGCUACCGCCUUAAAACUUGCAUCGACUUCAAGCCCUGGUCUGGAGAAGCUAACUACAUAUCAGUGUUCAAGGGCAGUGGGUGCUGGUCUUCGGUGGGAAACAGGCAUGUUGGGAAGCAGGAGCUGUCCAUCGGGGAAAACUGUGACAGAAUAGCAACGGUUCAACACGAGUUCCUCCAUGCCCUGGGAUUCUGGCAUGAGCAGUCUCGUUCUGACCGAGAUGACUAUGUCACUAUAGUUUGGGACAGGAUUCUAUCAGGCAGAGAACACAAUUUCAACAUAUAUAAUGACAGUGUGUCCGAUUCCCUGAAUGUACCCUAUGACUACACCUCGGUCAUGCACUACAGUAAGACAGCUUUCCAGAACGGAACAGAGCCCACCAUUGUAACAAGGAUCUCAGACUUUGAAAAUGUGAUUGGCCAACGAAUGGACUUCAGUGACUAUGACCUGCUGAAGCUGAACCAUCUGUACAACUGCUCUUCUUCGCUGAGUUUUAUGGACUCUUGUGAUUUUGAGUUGGAAAAUAUCUGUGGCAUGAUCCAAAGUUCAGGGGACAAUGCUGACUGGCAAAGGGUUUCACAGGUCCCCGCGGGCCCAGAGAACGAUCACUCCAAUAUGGGCCAGUGCAUAGAUUCCGGCUUCUUCAUGCAUUUCGACACCAGCUCUGCAAAUGUGGGGGACACAGCAAUGCUGGAGAGCAGAAUGCUGUACCCCAAGAGAGGGUUUCAGUGCUUGGAAUUUUACCUGUACAACAGUGGAAGUGAAAACAACCAAGUGAAAAUCUACACCCGGGAGUACACUGCAGGCCACCCAGACGGGGUUUUAACCCUACAGAGAGAAAUACAAGAUAUACCCAUUGGGAGCUGGCAACUUUACUAUGUAACAUUGCAAGUGACUGAGAAAUUCCGAGUGGUAUUUGAAGGACUCAGAGGCUCUGGAUCAUCAUCGGGUGGUCUGUCUAUUGAUGACAUCAAUCUCUCAGAAACCAGGUGUCCUCACCAUAUCUGGCAUAUACGGAAUUUCACACAGCUUCUUGACAGCCAGAAUACAGAUGUGUACAGUCCUCCAUAUUAUUCUCCUAAAGGCUAUGCUUAUCAGGCUUACCUGGAUCUGAAUUCCUCGACUAAUGUGGGGAUUUAUUUCUACCUGAUCUCUGGUGCCAAUGAUGAUCAAUUACAGUGGCCGUGUCCCUGGCAACAAGCCACAAUGACACUCUUGGAUCAAAAUCCUGACAUCCGGCAGCGUAUGUCCAACCAACGGAGUAUAACUACAGAUCCAAGGAUGAACGAUGGUAAUGAAAGCUAUUUUUGGGAUAGGCCUUCCAAGCUGGGAAAUACGGCUUUCUUCCCUAAUGGAACUCAGUAUUACAGAACCAGAGGCUAUGGAACCAGUGCCUUCAUAACCUAUGAGAGGCUGAAGAGCAGGGAGUUCAUCAAGGGAGAUGAUGUUUACAUCCUGCUGACUGUUGAAGAUAUAUCUCACCUCAACUCUACGUCGACAAUCCCAGUCCCCACCUUGAUCGUCCCAGACCCAGUCCCCACCUCGAACGUCCACAAUUCCUGCUCAGAGGUUGAGUGUCAGAACGGCGGAAUCUGCACUGUCCAAGACAAUAGAGCCGAGUGCAGGUGUCCUGCAGGUGAAGACUGGUGGUACAUGGGAAGACUGUGUGAGAAGAGAGGGUCCACCCAAGACACCGUUGUCAUUGCUGUUUCUUCCACUGUCGCCGUGUUUGUCGUGAUGCUGAUCAUCACUCUCGUCAGUGUCUACUGCACCCGGAGGAAAUACCGCAAGAAGAUGAGUUCAGAUAGCCAACAUGCUUUUUGAAUAUUAACUCAACCAGACAGCCAGCAAGUGAGAUGAAAAGGAUUCUUCAUCAUGGAAGAAUUUUUCACCCAAGCCGUGUGACCUUCACAGCAUUCCA